AAAUCGAACCCUAGCUUUCUACCCGAGGAUUCUGUUCCUUGUUAUUGUUUUUGUGCCGAGUACAACAAGCAAUUGGCGGCGAACUCGUCAAUCCACAAACAUGGGUAAGGUUCAUGGAUCGUUGGCUCGUGCUGGAAAAGUGAGAGGGCAAACCCCCAAAGUGGCCAAGCAGGACAAGAAGAAGAAGCCCCGGGGACGCGCUUACAAGCGCAUGCAGUACAAUCGCCGAUUCGUCACUGCCGUGGUAGGAUUCGGGAAGAAGAGGGGACCCAAUUCCUCGCAGAAGUAAUCAAAGGCUUGAAGGAUAGUACUCUUUAGUCUUAUUAUCAACAGAAAUUUAUUUUCUGUUUUAAAUAAUUAGUUUCAAGUUCUAAUAUUGUUCAAUGGCGGCUUCCCCCCCCCCCUUUAGUUAUUACUUACUAAGACUGAGCUGUUCGUUGUGAUAAGUGAGCUUAUAGUGUUUGAUGCUACUUUAAUCGUGGCUUUUAAUAUUGGCGAUAAUGGAUGAUGUGAGGUCUAUACUGCUUCUGUCUGCUUUUGGAUUCCGAUAUUUACAUUGAUUACAGUUUAUCUCGACUUUGUAACACAUUUAGAAUCAGUAUCUUGUGCCUUCUGAUCA